CUUAUGGUCUGCCUCUAAGUUAUCUCUGAACGCUCAAAUAUCCUCGUACCAGCAUCGUCGCCAUGCCUGCAGGCUACGCUCCUCUACCAAAUCCCCGCUCUGAGCCGGACGCAGAGCGGGAGCUCGAGGAGGCGUUCGAUGAAGACGACGAGCACCAUACCGAAUCAACGCCCCUUACGCAUGGGUAUGCGUCCACAGAUUCGCCCCCCCUGCAGGCGGACAAUAUACGCUCAGAGCCCGUGAUGCCAGGAUCCUACGAUUUCGAGCGGGAUUACGACUACGACUACCCGCCGCCUGGUUCGCCGCCCAGCCCCUCUGCGUUCGCGUUGCCCAACACUAUCGGGAACACGAAUGGGCGGCUCCCUACCGCCCCGGUGCGCCCUGAACCCCCGCGGCCGUCGUUUUUCAGAAGGGCGGUGGGCGUGCUUCUCCCCCAGCACUAUGCGAGGUUACCUUCGGAACCUGCGACAUCCAGGCUGAUAGGAGGAGGGACGGAUAACGAUGGCGUCUUCGCGAACGUGAUGGCGAAGCCUGUGCGAAACGUUGCGGUGACAAACGACAAUGGGGACGUUAUAAUGGUCCCUGAGGAUACUCAGAAUGAGUUGCCACCAACAUACACCGAAGCUCAGGCCGACUCCGCUCCCCCGUACUGGGAAACUACUGUCAUCGCCCCUGCAAGCCUAUCUGCAUCUGGCGACAUGAUUGUAGACGACCUGCCUACGGGUUCCCUUCUUUUCUUCAUCGCGACCGCCUUCGUCUCCUACUUCUUCCAGUUCGUCGGCUUCGUUUUAACCUACCUUUUGCAUACGAGCCAUGCUGCCAAGUACGGCUCGCGCGCGGGGCUGGGAAUGACCAUGAUACAGUAUGGGUUUUAUUCCCGCCAGGCCCGCGAAGAGGAAGCGGAGGGCGGCCAGGGACAGGAGCUCAUCAUGUGGAAUUCGACAACGGGCAUGCCGGUCGUGAUCAAGCAAUCGGGUGCCCAGGCCAUGCUGCCGAACGGGACCGCCGUCGACGUAUCACCAGCAGAGUUUGGCGUAACGUCUCGCGAUUGGAUGUCCCUCUUGUUGAUGACCCUCGGAUGGUUCCUGCUUCUCUCGUCCAUCGUGGGCUUCUAUCGCGUGAAGCGAUGGGAGAAGUCCAUUCGGGAUUCUGCAAGCUCUCCGCCGCCUACCGCUGAGCAGGUGCAGACCGACAUCGAGACACGCCGACAGUUCGAACGCGCGUUCAGUAUAUUUGAUUACCGAGGAGACGAAGAUGAGAACGACGAGCGCCGCGCGGAAGGCAUACCCUCUCAAAUCAGCGAGGCCGAGGCACGGCUGCAUAGGGAUCUCAGAGCGGCAGGUCUACUGUGAGCCAUGUGGCCGUCAUCCACAUUCUCUCCGGAUCUCCUCCCCUACUGCCGACGCCUGUCUCUCCUUCGUGCGGAUUGUAUUAUUAUUUAUGCGAGCUAAAGGAUGCCAUAAUUUCGUAGAGUCUUUCGACAUACCUGUACAUGACUAGGGUUUUGUCCAGGACAUUGAUUGCGUUCUGAGUCGCUCGUUUGCCUUCAAUGUACUCAGAUAGUAGUAGGAUUGUACAUUGUUUUCUACAUAGUAA